AUGAAUUAUGGUACAGAUACUACCCGAAAAGGAAAGACUGCUUCUGGUGAAGGCACUACUCCUGUCACUGGUACUAGUCCAAGAGAAGACACUACUUUUGUUGAAAGCACAGUAACCAGUGAAGUUACAUUAGCUAACCAAAGUGCUACUCAUGGUGAAGCAACUUCUUUGAGUGACGGCACAUAUAAUGGCACAGAUUUGUCUGAAUAUGGAACCCCCAUUAUAGUUACAGAAACAACUGGUUCAGUCACUCAUAUUCCUGAGAACCCUACUGAUGAAGUUACUAUUCUUGAUAAGGGUAUUACUAAUACUGAAAGUACGAUCUCAGGUGAAAACAUUACUGUGAAUGAAGAUAUUACUAUUAUAUAUACUACUUCAAGUGAUACAACUUCUAGUAUAAGUAUGCCUACUGAUAAAAACACUACUUUUGGUAAAGACACUAGUGAGAUAAUUACAGAUGAAAAUACUACCUUUGGUUUGGUCAUUUCUGUGGAGGAAACUACAGCAGCUAUAGACAUUCAUGGUGAAUACACUUCGAAUAAAAGCAUGAUGCCUUAUGAAGACAGCACUGGUGAAUUCACGAGUCCUUUUGAAGACACUAGUCAAGUUGAUGUAACUACUGGCAGAAUCACUACUCCAGGCCAAAACUCUUCAAGCGAAGAUGCUACCCUUGGUGCAGACAAUCUUCCAAGUGAAAAUGUUACUGGUGAAAACACUCAUCCUAUUGACGAUACUACUCCAUCUGAACCUUUGUCCACUAAACACUUGACACCAUAUGUAGACACAACUUCCAGAGGAGACACAACUUUAACCAAAGUUAAUAUUUCUGGUGAAGAGAUCGCGCAAGAUGAAGUCACUACUUUUGAUAUAGUAACUUUUCCUGGGGAAGGCAAUACUUCUGAGAAAGACACAACUUUUUAUAUGAAUUCUGGUUCAGACACUACCCGAAAAGGAAAGACUGCUUCUGGUGAAGGCACUACUCCUGUCAUUGGUACUAGUCCAAGAGAAGACAUUACUUUUGUUGAAAGCACAGUACCCAGUGACGCAACAUUAGCUACCCAUAGUGCUACUCAUGGUGAAGCAACUGCUUUGAGUGACGGCACAUAUAAUAGCACAAGUAUGUCUGAAUAUGAAACCCCUAUUAUAGUUGCAGAAACAACUGGUUCAGUUACUGUUACUGUUGAAAGACCUGCCCAAAACACGACAGAUGAAGAUACUAGUCUUAUGAAUGGUAUUACUUCUGAUGGUGAAAUGACCACCCCAGAUGAAGCCACUAAUUUGGGUCAUGUAACUGAUGCUUCAGCAAGCAAUACUCCUUUGAAUGGGGAUAUUAAUUCAGGGGGAGAUACAACACGUAAAGAAAAGACUGCUUCUAGUGAGAUCACCACUCCUGUAAUGGGUAGUAGUCUAAGAAAAGACAUAACAGUUGUUGCAAGCACGAUUCCUGAUGAAAUGACAAUAGCUAGCCAAGAGGCAAGUCGUUCUGAAGGAACUACUUUCAGUGGCGACACUUAUAGUAGCACAGGCUUGACUGAACAUAGAACCACUACAUUUAUAAAAACGACUAGCCGAGUCACAAGGGACCCCAGUCCCGCUCAAAACACUACCCCAGACGAAGAUUCUACUUUUGAUAAAGGAAAUAAUGGUCUAGGAGAAAACACUACUUUUAAGGAAUACAUUAGAAAUGACUACUUUAAUGAAAACACUAUCCUUGUUAUCUGGGAAAACGCUACUGGUAUAAACACUAAUUAUAGAGAAAAUAACACAACUAAAGACAUUACACCUCAUGAUAACACUUUUACUGGAAUAAAACUGAUAAAAUGCAUGAAACAAGUACUAUCUCCGGCUGUAUUUAAGGCUGAAAAUAAUACCAUUCCAUACUUCUCUGCAUUUUCAGCAGUCAUAACCACAGAUGAACCAAUAUCCGACCCAGACUUCCAAACUAUACAAAUGACCCAGGAUAUGACAAUAGGUACUCAAGAUUCAGACGUUACUCAGGACCCAAGUGACACUUCUGAUCUAGAUAUUACUGCAGGCAUUGAUAAUACUACACGUCCAGAUGAUGCUUCUGGGCCUGCCUUUGUUCCAGGCCUCAGUACUCCUACUGCCACAGCUACAACUUUAGGCUUAGAUGUAACGACAGCCACAGGCACAAGUCAGAGUUCAGAAAUUCGUGAAAGCCCAGUUGUCACUCCUGGUUCAAAUAAUACUUUAAACACAAAUGCUACUCAAAGUCAAAACUCUACUCCAAUUGAAGAUGCUACACUCGCUGCAGAUAAUAUUCCAAGAGAAAAUGUUACAAGUAAAAACAGUUAUUCUAUUGAAGAUACUAGUCCAUCUGAACAUUUGUCUACUAAACACUUAACACCAUAUGUAGACACAACUUCCAGUGGAGACACAACUUUAGCCAAAGUUAAUAUUUCUGGUGAAGAGAUCGCGCAAGAUGAAGUCACUACCUUUGAUAUAGUAACUUUUCCUGGGGAAGGCAAUACUUCUGAGAAAGACACAACUUUUGAUAUGAAUUCUAGUACAGAUACUACCCGAAAAGAAAACACUGCUUCUGGUGAAGGCACUACUCCUGUCACUGGUACUAGUCCAAGAAAAGACAUUACUUUUGUUGAAAGCACAGUACCCAGUGAAGUUACAUUAGCUAACCAAAAUGCUACUCAUGGUGAAGUAACUGCUUUGAGUGACGGCACAUAUAAUGGCACAGAUUUGUCUGAAUAUGGAACAGAAACAACUAGCUCAGUCACUACUGCACGAACCACUACUCCUGAUGAAGUUACUAUUCUUGAUAAAGGUAUUACCAAUACUGAAAGUACGAUAUCAGGUGAAAACAUUUCUGUGAAUGAGAAUAUUACUAUUGAAUAUACUACUUCAGGUGAUACAACUUCUAGUAUAAGUAUGCCUACUGAUGAAGCCAACACAGACAUUGAAAAUAUUACGGUUGUUGAAAGUUUUCCAUUUGGAGAAAACACUACUAUUGGUAAAGACACUAGUAAGAUAACUACAGAUGAAAUUACUACCUUUGGUUUGGCCAUUUCUGUGGAGCAACACACAUCUCUUCUGGAGGAGGAUACUACUGUAGCUAUAGACAUUCAUGGUGAAUACACUUCGAAUAAAAGCAUGGUGCCUCAUGAAGACAGCACUGGUGAAUACACGAGUCCUUUUGAAGACACUAGUCAAGUUGAUGUCACAACUUUUGGCAGAAUCACUACUCUAGGCCAAAACUCUUCAAGCGAAGAUGCUACCCUUGGUGCAGACACUUUUCCAAGUGAAAAUGUUACAGGUGACAACAACUAUCCUACUGGAGCUACUACUACAGCUGAACAUACAUCUACUAAAAUGCUGACACCUUUUGAGGACACAACUUCCAGUAGAGACACUGCUUUAGCUAGAGCCAAUACUUUUGGUGAAGAAAUCACUCAAGAUCAAAUAACUAAUUCUUAUGGAAUAACUUUUUCUAGUGAUGGCAAUACCUUUGAGAAAGACACAACUUUUGAUAUCAAUUCUGGUGUAGACACUUCUCGAAAAGAAACAGGUCCAAGUGAAGACACCACACCUAUUAUGAAUAUUAGUUCAAAAGUAAACAUAUCUUCUAUUGAAAACACUACUGCGGAAGUUACAAUAGCUCCAUCUGAACAUUUGUCUACUAAAAACUUGACUCCAUAUGUUGACACGACUUCCAGUGGAGACACAACUUUAGCCAAAGUUAAUAUUUCUGGUGAAGAGAUCACGCAAGAUAAAGUUACUACUUUUGAUGUUGUAACUUUUCAUGGGGAAGGCAAUACUUCUGAGAAAGACACAACUUCUGGUGAAGGCACUACUCCUGUCACUGGUACUAGUCCAAGAGAAGACAUUACUUUUGUUGAAAGCACAGUACCCAGUGAAGUUACAUUAGCUACCCAAAUUGCUACUCAUGGGGAAGUAACUGCUUUGAGUGACGGCACAUAUAAUGGCACAGGUUUGUCUGAAUAUGGAACCCCUACUGUCGUAUCAGAAACAACUAGUUCAGUCACUCAUAUUGCUGAGAACCCUACUACACGAAACACUACUCCUGAUGAAGUUACUGUUCUUGAUAAAGGUAUUACUAAUACUGAAAGCACGAUCUCAGGCAAAAACAUUUCUGUGAAUGAGGAUAUUACUAUUAUAUAUACUACUUCAGGUGAUACAACUUCUAGUAUAAGUAUGCCUACUGAUGAAGACAACACAUACAUUGAAAAUAUUACGGUUGUUGAAAGUUUUCCAUUUGGAGAAAACACUACUAUUGGUAAAGACACUAGUAAGAUAAUUACAGAUGAAAUUACUACCUUUGGCUUGGUCAUUUCUGUAGAGCAAAACACAACUCUUCUGAAGGAGGAUACUACAGCAUCUAUAGACAUUCAUGAUGAAUACACUUCAAAUAAAAGCAUGAUGCCUUAUGAAUUCACGAGUCCUUUUGAAGACACUAGUCAAGUUGAUGUCACUACUUCUGGUAGAAUCACUACUCCAGGCCAAAACUCUUCAAGCGAAGAUGCUACCCUUGGUGCAGACACUUUUCCAAGUAAAAAUGUUACAGGUGACAACAACUAUUCUACUGAAGCUACUACUUUAGCUAAAGCCAAUACUUUUGGUGAAGAGAUCACUCAAGAUCAAGUAACUAAUACUUAUGGAGUAGCUUUUUCUAGCGAUGGCAAUACCUUUGAGAAAGACACAACCUUUGAUGAUAUCACUUCCGGUGCAGACACUUCUCGAAAAGAAACAGAUUCAAGUGAAGACACCACGCCUGUUAUGAAUAUUAGUUCAAAAGUAAACAUAUCUCCUACUGAAAGCACUACUCCGGCAGUUACAAUAGCUGACCAAUAUGCUACUACAGUUACAGAAACAACUGGCCGAGUCACAGUUGCUGUUGAAGGACCUGCCCAAAACACGACAGAUAAAGAUACUAGUCUUAAUAAUGGUAUUACUUAUAAUGAUGAAAUGACCAGCCCAGAUGAAACCACUACUUUGGGUCACGUAACUGACGCUUCCGAAAGUAAUACUCCUUUGAAUGGGGAUAUUAAUUCAGGGACAGAUACAACCCGUAAAGAAAAGACUGCUUCUAGUGAGAUCACCACUCCUGUAAUGGGUAGUAGUCUAAGAGAAGACAUAGCAUUUGUUGCAAGCACAACUCCUGAUGAAAUGACAAUAGCUAGCCAAGAGGCAAGUCGUUCUGAAGGAACUACUUUCAGUGGCGACACUUAUAGUAGCACAGGCUUGACUGAACAUAGAACCACUUCAUUUAUAGAAACGACUAGCCGAGUCACAAGGUACCCCAGUCCCGCUCAAAACACUACUCCAGACGAAGAUUCUACUUUUAAUAAAGGUAUGACUUAUAGUACUAUACUCUAUAAUACUUCAACUGAUAGAACCUGUAGUGAAGGUAUGACACCUGAUGUGGACAUUGUCUAUGUUGAACACCCGACAACUGUAGGAUAUAUUGGUCUAGGAGAAAAGACUACUUUUGACUAA